GUGUUUUUUUAAAAGGUAUAAAUACAGUCAGUUCUGUAAUGGUCAGGGAUAUUGCUGUAGCUCUUGCAAGAGAAUAAAACAAACCAUGGAACUUCCUUUCACUAAACAACAAACAUAUAUUGAUGAAUUUAAUUCAAAUGAUUAUUAUGAUACGUAUUAUGCACCAGGAAAAGGAUUGUUGAUUGAAGAAUGGAUGGAAUUUGCAUUAAGAAAACUUCAUGAGACAUUUACUUCAGGUGGAGUUGAAGGUGACACACUGAUUGACAUUGGUUCUGGGCCGACCAUUUACCAACUCCUGUCAGCAUGUGAAGUGUUUAAGAACAUAAUUAUAUCUGACUUCCUUCCUCAAAACCUCAUGGAAAUCCACAAAUGGUUAAAGAAAGAUCCAGGGGCAUUUGAUUGGUCUUUAGCUGUCAAAUCGGUUUGUGAGAUGGAAAAGAACAGUAACAACUGUCAGAAAAAGGAAGAGACGCUCAGACAAACGGUGAAACAAGUGCUACAAUGUGAUGCACUAAAGAAAGACCCUUUAGAGCCUCAUGUUGUGCCGCCAGUCGACUGUCUGCUCAGCUGUCUGUGUUUGGAAGCUGCGUGUAAAGAUCUAGAGACCUUCUACAGUGCCCUGAAGAACCUGAGGACCCUGAUAAAACCUGGGGGUCAUAUAGUACUUCUGAGUGUGCUAAAUGCUACAUUUUACUAUGUUGGUAACAAGACGUUUUCAAGCCUGUGUGUGACAAAAGAGGACCUAGAAAAAGCUCUUAUAGAAACUGGGUACCAAAUUGAGAAGAUAGAAGUGGCAUCACAAUUAGGUCAGGAGGACAAGGACUUUAGUAAUUAUGACAGUCAUUAUUAUGUUCAUGCUCGUAAACCACAUGACUCUUAAAGGGGCAUUGUACUAAUUUAUGUUUCUUUGUUGAAUUAUAAGUGAGUAUUUCACUAUACUGUAUAUACAUAAAUUGUUUAUACUGUGUUUGUUAUUAAACAUUUCACCCCAAAACCGCAACCUCUUUAUCACUGGGACUCUAUGGGACUAUGGCUGCUAUGGAGAUGCCAGAUUGUCUGGAGGGGCUGGAAUAGCGGAGAUCUUGGGAUCAGAUAAGGCUCUGAAUGUGUAUAUAAGCAGUGUGUGUUUUACAAUAAAGUCUGUUCUUGUUUCACCUGAA